AUGGAUAAGCUUCUGCGGCGGGUGCGCAUGGCCGAGGGCCAGGUCGCGCGCCGGAAAAAGCGCGAGGAGCACAUCUCGCACCGCAUCGAACUGGCAAAGAACCGCAAGGAGAAGGUCGUGGCGCGCAGGAAUGCCAGCGAACAGCUCGGAGCCGCCAUCAAGACCCGCCACGAGGACUGGGAGAUGGGGUCCCUCCGCCCCAACCGCGACGUGGGCAAGGUCGACAAAUUUGGCAACUACUGGGGCACCAUCAGUGCCCAGCAGGCCCUCCUGCAGCUCGACAUCACCGACGAGCAGCGCGAGGCCCGCGCUGCCUGGGCCGGCGGCGCCACGAACCUAUGUCUGGCACCCGGCGACCGUGUCGUCGUCAUUGAGGGUCCCUACAAGGGCAAGAUUGCUGAUAUCGACAAGAUUAAGCGGGACAUUAUGGCCCUCGAGCUCGUCAAUGCCCUCCAGGUCAACACCCAAAUCCCCGACUUCAUGGUCAGCAAAGGCGAGACGCCGGUCCAGGUCAUGCAGGGCGUGAUACCCAUCUCGGCGGUGCGGCUCGUACACCCGCUCAAAGACCCGGCGACGGGCAAGUGGCGCGACGUGGUGAUACGGGAGCUCAAGCCCGUUAGCAUCAAACAUGACAGGCCGACGCGCAGCACAUCGUUUGCCCGGCUUGUGCCCGGCCUGAACGUGCGCAUACCGUGGCCGAAAGUGGUGCGCCCGACAUUCGAGGACCACCCGGUCGAUACCCUGCGCAUCGACGUCGAGGAGCGCACGUUUGUGCCUACCCUGCUGCGGCCGCCCAUUCCCGAGACAGUCAUCGACGAGCUCCGCAACCGCUACAGCAUCUUCCGCACCCGCCAUACCCCCGAGUACAUCGCAAAGAAGGAGGCCGAGGAGGCCGAGAAGAAGGCCCGCAAGAAGAGCCCCGACUCGAUGCUGACGCCCGUGCAGGAGCUCAACCGACAGCUGCGUGCCCAGCGGCGCGAGCGCGGCCAGCCCCAGCUGACGGACGAGAUGCUCGAGAAGAUUGGCCAGGUUAUGGCCAGGAACUUAGAGAGGCCAACAACAUUUGCCGCAGCGCGGGCGGCGGGCGUUGUCCGCAGCGACAAGCGGUUAAGCGCGCUUCAGGCUGCCGUGGAGCAAAUAUCGCUGGAACCAGCACAGGGGCCGACUGCUACGGACCACCCCCCGCCCUCAUAA